ACCCGGAUAGUUUACUGCACAAUCCCAAUCAUCCAAACAGCCUUCCUUUCCUCCUAUCUCCCUCGACUAUGCAUUUUCUGUGUAACUUCCCCAACCAUUUUUUCAUCUGGACAGUCGAUUUGAGUUUCACAUGACUGCCAAGACGAAACAAUGCGAGCACUUAAUUUAAACUUUUGGCAUCAAGCUAGGGUUCAUUUUCGUUACGUUGGCUAUUUAUUUUGUGUUGCCGAUCAGCUUGCUUUGAGAAAGUGAUUUAAGCUAUUUGGACGGUUGCACCAUAGCUUACAUCCUACAAAAAGCGAUGUGUCUAGAUGUGCAAUAUUAUGUAACAUUCCUGCCUCAACAGAUUGUUGACAGACAUACAUUUCCACGCUUGACUUCCUAACCAAUUAACAAAAAUUCCAGUUUUUCAUGCAAUUGUAGGAUCUUUUUCCUUGGGCUUCUAUUCGGCUUGAAUAUCGCUGACUAAGUGAAUCCUUCGUUUUAAACCAAAAAAUAUAUAAAAUAAGAAUAAUUGAGAUUGGUUGAAAAUUGUAGUUUGGCUAACCAGUGAUCUGGAGCAAUGUGUGGCAUUAUGUGGCAAGAUGAAUGUAGGCGUGGUAGGCUACAGAAUCUGUCGAUACAGAUGCUUGAAUUAUUCUGGAAAGUGACUGGUUUAAGAAACACAACAGGGUAAUCCCCAGAAACUCCAAAUUCACGGUCCUGUCUACUUUCUUCGCCCUCUAGUGGGACAUUUUGCCUGAACAUUCGAUAGGCUAACCUUAUUCUUUUAAUUUCAUAUGUGCCAAACAGUUUCAUUUUUAUUUUAACGGGUAAUGCAUUGGGUUAACGUGAGCUGGGUUUAGUCAUAAGCGCAAGCAAGUCAGCUGCUUUGCUCAGCUGAUAAAAGUUGAAUAUUAGCUUGCGACACAUAUUAAAAGUGAAACUACAAUAAACGGUUCAGAGUCGGUUGUAGGUAAAGCUAUAUAAAUAUACCUCAACACUUGAAUUCUCGCAGCAAGUUAAGAACAUAAAUACAACAGCUACAAGAAGUACAAAUUCCAAGGUAAUUACAGAUGGGACGAGACACUAUGAAGCCUUUGGGGAAGCGGCAUUGCUGCAUGUCUUUCGUGUGUUUUUUCCUCCUGCUCCUACUCGCCCAGAUGCUCUAUGUCCUUGUGCUGUUGCACGGCCUGUUCAUCAACUCUACCAAAGCACUCAUCAGCCCCUUUAAUGUCUGCCACAGGGGACAAGAUGGCCUGUUCUGCAAUGAUCAUAACUAUGACGUGGGAGACGCCAGUAAAUUAAACACUAACAUUGCCAGGGUGACAGUCAUCCUGGGCUUGUACUCUCCCCUGGCGCUGGUGCCAUUUGCCCUCCUGGCUUUUCUGUUUGCUGUGUGCUGCGAGGAGGGUGGGCUUCUGUGGGUCAGUCUGGUCUGCCAGACUGCCUCCAGCCUACUGACCUUACUGGGACUCUGUGUUUACGACCCUUCACUGGGCCUAUGUAAGCAUGGACAGCUUGACAGCUGGGUUCUACGUCUGUGUUGGGGUGUGUGUGGAGCUAGCCAUAGCUGCCUUGUUGACGUGGAUGUCAGGGAGGAAGAAGGGGAUGACUGAGAAAAAUUACAAUCUGUAAAGAUUAUGCAUUUGAACAUCAGAAAGCACUUUAGGGUACUUAAUUGUACUCAGAUA